CUCAUUUAUUUUUUAGAUUGCAUGUUUGACUGUCUUGAUGAAAGUAGUAUCAUGUUCCAUAGUUGGUUUAACUUACAUGGAUCCCCUCAAUUUGGAUCCGUCUAUACCUCAGUUGAGGGGUGAAGAUCCUUGCAAGCCACUUUACUGGUACCCUAGACGAAUUCCUGAUUACUGCUAUGCUCCAAAACCUGAUGUCGGACCGCCACCGGCGAAGCUCAUACCUGAACCACAACCAGAGCCAAUGCCCCCGAUACCGUUGCCUCCGCCACCAAUGCCGCUACCUGUGCCAAUGCCAAUGUAUUUACCAAUGCCGGGGCCUCUAGCAUUGCCUCUACCAAUGCCAGGACUAAUGCCUCUUCCCGCAUACGCUGCACCCGCACCUAUGCCAUUUGGCUCUCCUGCAUACCCACUUUUACAGCCAGGACCAGCAAUACCCGCGAUUCAAAGAGGCUUAGUUCCAGGUGUGGAUGGUCUAGUAUCUCCUGACGGAGCAAUAAACAUUCUGCCGUUCUCGGACUCGUAUUCAGAGCUACUGGAGAAACACAAACAGAAAAUGAUAAGAAGAAGACUGCAAAAACUUCUUGACGAAUACGAGUACUAUCCGAAGAAGAAGAAUAACCGAAAACGUGCCUGGAUGGAUUAUUAGUAAUACCAGUAAGUUGAAUUGAGAUGUUUCCAUUAAAACAAAUAUAUAAUAAUUAAACAUUUAUUACAAGUAA